UCUGUCCUUGAUUUUCCCAAAAUCGAAAUAGGAUAUGCGCAGCACGCACACUAGCGCAUAUUUGCAUCUCCCAUCAGAAUAAUUGCCAAAAACCCGACCAGAUUCUUGGGUUUAUUAACUUUACUAUUUGUUUAGCUUCAGCUUUAUUCCCAAACAUGCUGACUGUUUUAGGAAUAUAGUCAUAUACAUGGCAUGAAGAAGAAAUAGCAGUAACAGAGCUCUCAAAUGGCCUUAAAUCUCCAUCUAACCCUGGCUCUAUUGUUAGCCAUUUCGAGCUCGCUUUCGUUUAGGGUUCGAGCCAUAGGCGUGAUCUGGGGCACCACCGACUCGCACCCACUGCCACCACCACAGGUAGUAGAGCUAUUGAAGUCCAAUAAAAUCACCAAAGUCAAGCUCUUCGAUGCCGACCCUCUCGUCCUCCAAUCUCUCUCCGGUUCCAACAUUUACGUUGCCGUCGGCAUUCCCAAUUCGAUGCUCCGACUCUUGAACUCUUCCAAGAAGGCCGCCGAAAGUUGGGUUCACGAUAAUCUCACCCGCUAUUCGUCUAAUGCCGGCGGUGCAGUUCGAAUAGAGUACAUUGCUGUUGGAGAUGAGCCAUUCCUCCAAAGUUAUGGUGAGCAAUUCUAUCCUUUUGUCGUCGGUGCAGUGAUCAACAUCCAAGCAGCUCUUAUUAGAGCUAAAUUGGCAAACAAUGUGAAAGUUGUGGUUCCUUGCAGUUCAGACACCUUUCAGUCAGAGUCUGGCCUGCCCUCAAAAGGACAUUUUAGGUCUGAUGUCAACAGAACUAUGAUCCAACUCCUCACAUUUCUAAGCAAGAAUCGUUCUCCUUUCUUUGUUAACAUUUCCCCUUUCCUAAGUUACCACCAAAACAGGAACAUUUCCCUAAGCUUUGCUCUGUUUGAAGAAACUGCACACCAUCGUAAUGACAGCCAUAGAACCUACAAAAAUAGCUUUGACUUGAGCUAUGAUACCCUCGUCACUGCAUUAUAUACUGCUGGGUUUCCCGAAAUGGAUAUCGUCAUCGGGCAGAUUGGUUGGCCUACAGAUGGAGCAACCAAUGCCACUCCAUCCAUUGCUGCGAAAUUCAUGAAAGGCCUGAUGGAUCACCUUCAUAGCAAAUCAGGGACCCCACUCAGACCUCGAAAAUUUCCAAUUGAAACUUACAUUUUCAGCCUUUUAGAUGAGGAUCAAAGAAACACAACCGCUGGAAGUUUUGAGAGACACUGGGGUGUGUUUACUUUUGAUGGCCAAGCCAAAUAUCGUGCUGAUUUUGGCCAGGGCUUAAGAACUCUGGUGAAUGCCCAGAAUGUCGAAUACCUUCCUUCCAGAUGGUGCGUUGUUAACAAUAACAUGGACCUGUCAAAUGCAACAGCAAGUGCUUUGAAGGCAUGUUCUGUUGCUGACUGCAGUGCACUCUCUUCUGGUGGUUCAUGUUUUAACAUUAGUUGGCCCGGAAAUAUUUCUUAUGCAUUUAACAGCUACUAUCAGCAGCACGAUCAAAAGGCUGAUAGCUGUGAUUUUGGGGGUUUGGGUUUGAUUACUACGGUUGAUCCGUCGGUAGAUAAUUGCAGGUUUUUUGUUGAUCUCCAGACCUCUGCUUCAGUUUCCCUUCAGGUGUCCAAUAUUGUCAGUUUGAUGCUCUUACUGACAACUACCAUUUCACUAUUUUUACUUGAUGAAACAUGGUCCAAACAUCUCUUGUAAGUGCAUAUAUUCCUAAAGGCCUUUUUGACUGGAUGCAUGCCUGUUGUUGUGAAUGUUUCAUGAUUCUAUUAGGUUUUUUUUCUUUCUUUCUUUUCUUUUUUUUUUUUUUUGGUGGACAUUUCUUUUUGUUAGUUUUAUGUUAAAACGUACUGUUUUUGUUCAUUUUUUGUUAAUGAAAUUUGUUAUUCAUUUCUAAAACAUAGUAAUGGUUUCAGUUGGCUGUCUUGGCGAGCUGUCA